GCUUCUAGCUUUGGCGCUCACAACUCGUAAUUUUCGAGCUUGGUCUAACACCGAUCCCGUUUUUGAAGCAGAAAUCUGACAAAUUUAUUUUUUUCUUGUUUUGAGCUCCAAUUUAGCUUUUGGUGAAAUAUCUGCUUUUCAAGCAUGGCCAACAGGCGUUUUGCAUGCCGUUUUAAAAGACUUUUCCACUCCCUUCUGCUUUUGUGGUUACUGCAAGUAGUCUCUUCUUCAAAGGAAAUUCCCGCUCCAAGUAACAACAGAAAUGAAGAACCAAUUCAAAGGGUUUUUCAAGAUUCUCAACCAGAUUCUAAAAGAGCUGCACAAAGUUACAGUUUCGGUUUGGGUAAGAAAAACGCAGAUUCCUUAAGCCAAGAAAGUGAGUCUAUAGAAACAAAUGAUGUUAAUUCCUCUUAUCAAGCAGAAGAUGACCUUGACGAAUCGAAACGUGACACGCAUAACUUUGAAAGGUUUGGAUUUGGCUUAGGUAAGAGAUCAGCCCCCAGUCAGUAUGCGUUUGGUCUAGGUAAAAAAGACACUCCAUUUCAUGAAGAUUAUGAGAAAAGAUAUGAUGACGGCGAACGAUUUGCAUUUGGACUUGGUAAGAGAGGGCCACAAGAUGAACGUUUUUCAUUUGGUUUAGGUAAAAGAGGCCCGGAGGACAGAUUUGCAUUUGGUUUAGGAAAGCGAGGACCUGAAGAUAGAUAUGCUUUUGGUUUAGGAAAAAGGGGACAUGAAGACAGAUUUUCAUUUGGCUUAGGCAAACGAGCACCUCAUGAAGAUCGAUUUGCAUUUGGAUUAGGCAAACGAGCACCACAUGAGGAUCGCUUUGCCUUCGGACUCGGUAAAAGAGGCCCUGAAGACAGAUAUGCUUUUGGGCUGGGGAAGCGAUCAGCUGAAGAUAAUAGGUUUGCGUUUGGUUUAGGAAAACGUGGUUCUGAAGAGAAUCGUUUUGCAUUUGGCUUAGGUAAAAGAGGUGAGGGUGAAAACAGAUUUGCAUUUGGAUUAGGAAAAAGAGGCGAGGAUGAUAAUCGAUUUGCAUUUGGAUUAGGAAAACGAGAUGAUGAUCACAAUCGGUUUGCAUUUGGCCUCGGUAAGAAGAGUGAUCGAUUUGCCUUUGGACUUGGUAAAAAGAGUGAUGAGCAUAACCGGUUUGCUUUUGGUCUUGGUAAACGAGAUAAAACCGAAUCCACCCAAGGGAUCGACAAGAGAGAAACCUUUAACGACGACAUUGACGAGUAUAUAAAGAGAAGAUUCUCAUUCGGUUUAGGCAAGAGAUCAGUCGAUCCUGCUAUGGAGUUCAAAAAAAUACCUUAAUUUAUUUGGGAAUCAAAACUAACCAGAAAUUUGAAAAUUGGCGGUGUACUUUCAGUAGGCUAUCGAAAGUGAAUGAUUGUUCCAAAUUUUUAAAUGUUUGCAUGACGAAUAUAAGUAUUUAUAGGGUAAAUAUAAAAUCUGAUUAUUUGUUAAUAAGUGAUGCUCUUCUUCAAAAGCUGUGCUCAAACAUAAAAAUUGCGUAUAGUUUGUUGAUGAAUUCGGUAAAAAUUAUGAAACAAAUUCAUGUAAUAUCGACAUAUAAGUAUUUAUAUAUAUAUGUCUAACAUGCACGUGGAAAUAUUAUAUUAACUCUUACAUUAAAUAUUUUACUGAAAAUUUUUACAUGAAAUGAAAAAUCGAAAAGAACAGUUUGUAAACAUAACUCUUGCGUAUUUUACGUAUUUUUAUCAUAACUUCUAUGUUCCAUUCAUUAAUAAUUUCUUUAUUAUUUUUUGAAAGUAUUGUUAUUGAAUUCGAGGUAUAUGUUGAGUUUUAAGCAUACCUCUGAAUUUGUGAUAUUUUUUGUAUUAUUGAUUUGGUAUUUUAUAUGUAAUAUAUUUUUGAGAUAUUUUUAUUUGUAGUUUCUGUUUUAAUUUUUUUAUUUAAUUAUUCUUGUUAAUUGCAUAUGACUGUAUUAAAAUAUUAUAUGCAAAAACGACUUAUGCACUUUAGCAUUUUCAUUUUUGUAUAUUAUUUCCAUUUAUUCAUAUUUUUGUCUACUAUUUUAAUGAUGUAUUAUUAUUAUGAUAAAUGUGUACAUAAUAUCUCUAGUGCAAUUUUUUUUGUUUCAUUAAAAACAUACAUACUGAAAAAUGUUAUCUUUGUUAUCACAUACUUGAAUGUUUGAUUAUUUAUUUAUUUGAAUGAUGUUUAGUGAAUGUUAUCAUUUUCAUCAUUUUCAUUUAGAAAACUGAAGAAAAUUGUACAAAGUAUACAAAUUAAAAUCUAUUAGCAGUAAAUUUUUGUAAUCAAAAUCAAUAAAUAUUUAUUUAAUAACAUAUGUACUUGUUAUGAAGUAAACUCUGAAAAGUCAUCAUUUAUUAUCAAUAAAAUAUUGAUUCAAUGCGA